AAUAUACACACGCGCCCCCCCUCUCUUCCUGACACUCGGCGGCGCCUUCGCUCUCUCUCUCCCCGUCUGGGCUGGGGAGGAGCGUGACCAUGCUGGCUUGGAGGGUGGCUCUGUGGCUGGCCGGCGUGACCCUGUGCGGCAAGCUCGCCCGCGGCUCCGGGAUCGACUACGACGACUACGCUUACGAGCUCGACGGAGGGGACCAGGCGGAAGCGAUCGAUUAUAAGGAUCCCUGCAAAGCCGCUGUCUUUUGGGGAGAUAUUGCCUUAGAUGAUGAAGACUUAAAAAUGUUUCAUAUUGACAGAACAAUUGAUCUUACGCAACAUUCAAAUGAAAGACUUGGACAUAAUACAGGUGGUUUUGGAGAGCGUGCAGUGUCAAAAAAAAGUGAUGCCCUGUUUCAGCUUAUAGACAGCAUAAGAAGAUUUGGCUCAGGUUUUCAGCAGAAUAAUAUAACAAAGGGAAGAGCAGCUCUAACAUUCUCAGGGAGCUAUGAGAAGAAAAGGUUUCCACGAGCAGCUACAUCACGCACAGAACGGAUAUGGCCAGGGGGUGUCAUUCCAUAUGUUAUAGGAGGAAAUUUCACUGGCAUUCAACGAGCAAUGUUCAAGCAGGCAAUGCGGCACUGGGAAAAAUAUACCUGCGUUACAUUCAUUGAGCGAAGUGACGAAGAAAGUUACAUUGUGUUUACAUACAGGCCUUGUGGGUGCUGUUCUUAUGUAGGCCGAAGGGGUAAUGGCCCUCAGGCAAUUUCUAUUGGCAAGAACUGUGAUAAAUUUGGAAUUGUUGUUCAUGAGCUGGGACAUGUGAUAGGAUUUUGGCAUGAACACACAAGACCAGACAGAGAUGAUCAUGUAACCAUCAUCAGGGAAAACAUCCAGCCAGGUCAGGAGUACAACUUUUUGAAGAUGGAGCCUGGAGAAGUGAAUUCUCUGGGGGAGCCGUAUGAUUUUGAUAGCAUUAUGCACUAUGCCAGGAACACCUUCUCAAGGGGCAUGUUUCUGGACACCAUCCUCCCUUCCCGUGAUGAUAAUGGAAUCCGACCAGCCAUUGGUCAGCGCACGCGAUUAAGUAAAGGAGAUAUUGCACAAGCAAGAAAGCUGUACAGAUGUCCAGCGUGCGGAGAAACACUGCAAGAAUCUACAGGCAACUUCUCCUCUCCCGGGUUUCCAAAUGGCUAUCCAUCGUACACACACUGCAUAUGGAGAAUUUCAGUGACGCCUGGAGAGAAGAUUGUUUUAAACUUCACUACAAUGGACCUCUAUAAGAGCAGCCUCUGCUGGUAUGACUAUAUUGAAGUAAGAGAUGGCUACUGGAAAAAAUCGCCUCUGCUUGGCAGAUUCUGCGGUGACAAACUCCCAGAUGUCCUCACCUCCAGUGACAGCAGAAUGUGGAUAGAGUUCCGUGGCAGCAGUACCUGGGUAGGAAAAGGUUUUUCAGCCACUUAUGAAGCAAUUUGUGGAGGUGAAAUACACAAGAAUGAAGGCCAGAUCCAGUCUCCUAAUUAUCCUGAUGACUACAGGCCAAUGAAGGAAUGUGUGUGGAAAAUAACAGUGUCAGAGAACUACAAUGUCGGAUUAACCUUUCAGGCAUUUGAGAUUGAGAGACAUGACAACUGUGCCUAUGAUUACUUAGAAGUCCGAGAUGGAACCAGUGAAAGCAGUCCUUUGAUUGGCCAUUUUUGUGGCUAUGAUAAACCUGAAGACAUCAGAUCUACCUCUAAUACCCUGUGGAUGAAGUUUGUUUCUGAUGGAACAGUCAACAAAGCAGGGUUUGCUGCUAACUUUUUUAAAGAGGAAGAUGAAUGUGCCAAACCUGACAAUGGUGGAUGUGAACAACGGUGUGUGAAUACACUGGGCAGCUAUCAGUGUGCUUGUGACCCAGGUUAUGAGCUUGGGCCUGACAAGAAGAGUUGUGAAGCGGCUUGUGGAGGACUUUUGACAAAGUUGAAUGGGACUAUAACAACACCAGGAUGGCCCAAAGAAUACCCUCCUAAUAAGAACUGUGUGUGGCAGGUGGUUGCUCCCACCCAAUAUAGAAUCUCAGUGAAGUUUGAGUUUUUUGAAUUGGAAGGAAAUGAAGUGUGUAAAUAUGAUUAUGUAGAAAUCCGUAGUGGCCUUUCUUCUGAUUCCAAACUGCAUGGCAAAUUUUGUGGUACAGAAGUGCCUGAAGUUAUCACAUCACAAUAUAACAACAUGAGAAUCGAGUUCAGGUCGGAUAACACAGUCUCAAAAAAGGGUUUCAAGGCUCACUUCUUUUCAGACAAGAGAGCUGCCUGCAAGGAGAAAUUUUUUGUUUUUGAAUCAUGCAAGGACUUGAUAGAGGUUGCCCCUUCAGGCCAAGUACGUAUAAUUCACAGACUGGCCUCUGAGGGUCUCAGAGAUAAGGAUGAAUGCUCUAAAGACAAUGGUGGCUGCCAGCAUGAAUGCAUCAACACCGUAGGAAGCUAUGUAUGUCAGUGUCGCAAUGGAUUUGUGCUACAUGAAAACAAACACGACUGCAAGGAAGCCGAGUGUGAACAAAAGAUCCAUAGUCCCAAUGGAAUUAUCACGAGCCCUAACUGGCCUGACAAGUAUCCGAGCAGGAAGGAAUGCACAUGGGAAAUCAGCGCUACACCUGGUCACAGAAUCAAAAUAGUUUUUAAUGAGUUUGAAAUUGAGCAACAUCAAGAAUGUGCCUACGACCAUUUGGAAGUUUUUGAUGGGGAAACGGAGAAGUCACCAAUUCUUGGACGUUUGUGUGGGAGUAAGAUACCAGAUCCCCUUGUCGCUACUGGAAAUAAAAUGUUCCUUAGGUUUGUCUCUGAUGCAUCAGUACAGAGAAAAGGCUUCCAAGCUACUCACACUACAGAGUGUGGUGGUCGUCUGAAAGCUGAGAGCAAAGCAAGAGAUCUCUACUCUCAUGCUCAGUUUGGUGACAACAACUAUCCAGUUCAAGCGGAUUGUGAAUGGCUAAUAGUAUCAGACCGUGGUUACCGAAUAGAGUUAACUUUUCAGACUUUUGAGGUGGAGGAAGAAGCAGACUGUGGUUAUGACUACCUAGAGCUCUUUGACGGUCAUGAUACAACGUCUCUGAGGCUUGGUCGGUUUUGCGGAUCAGGGCCGCAAGAAGAGAUUUAUUCGGCAGGUGAUUCUAUUUUACUUCAUUUUCACACGGAUGAUACAAUCAACAAGAAAGGAUUCCAUAUACGAUACAAAAGCAUAAAACAUCAAGACAGUGUUCACACCAAAAAAUAACAGAAGAUCCCUUAGGCCACAAAAUGAGACAGAAAGAGUGACUGUUGUGGAGAGAGGGGGUGGGUGGGUUUUGUUUUG